AUGUUUAUGAUCGCUAGCGCUUAUGGUCUUGCUCGUCUUCAUUCUUGUCAUUUGUAUUUAAGACCAAAAAUAAUCAAUGAAAUGAACGCAUUAUUCACUUUUAAUCUUUCUCCUCUUCUUAUUCCAACAACCAUGUUCAACUCAAUCAUUCACAAUACUUCAAAAUCAAUGACUAAAAUAAGUAAGAAUGUUGUUUGUCAAUAUAUUCCUGAAUUAACACGUCCGAAUGCGAUUGCGCCAGGCGACAUAUUUGAAUUGACAGGUUAUUGGCAAUCAUAUCUUCAUUUUGCUAAAUAUAGUGAUGAUAUCCGAGAACGUAUAUUUGCCGCAACACGACCUGUACUUCAGAAGGUCUCAAAAUUAUUCAUUGGUAUUUAUGAAAGAAAUUUUGACUUCAAACCUCAAUUUUCGUUAGAAAACCAUCAAUCAUUCAAAAAACAAUUAACCGAAUCGAACUGGACAACAUGGAUUGGAAUUCAUGUACGUCGUAAAGAUUUUGUUGUCUUACAGUUUUCUUCAGCCGAUGAAUAUUUAUUCGGUGCUAUUCAAUAUUACACUUCACAUUAUUCAAAUGUUCAUUUUAUCGUUGCAAGUGAUGAUAAAUCUUAUUGUAAAAAUCUGUUUCGCCAUCGAUCAAAUAUUUUUCUUACACCGGGAUCAUUUUCCCUAGGUGAUGAUUUAAUAACACUUUCACUUUGUAAACAUUCAAUCAUAACUGGUGGAACAUUUGGAUGGUGGGCAGGUUAUCUUGCUAAUGGUCUAGUGAUUCAUGAUAAAAUUUAUCCAUCUGGAUGUGAAAGACGUGAAUAUUACUAUCCACCAUGGUUUCUAAUAGAUGGAAAUGUACGAGCACAUAAAAAUAGUAACUACACAUUGUGA